GGAAAGCGGUGGGGGGAAAGUGUGGCAGCGGAGGCGGCUCUGUGCAAGUGGAGAGUGCCACGGAAGACGGGAAGGGCCACAGGGACGGGCGAAUCGGCAGAGAGACGGGCGAUAAAGACGAACAAACAGACAGACAGACAGAAAGACAGACGGACAGACAUGGUUGCAUUGCAAGAGGGCAGGAUUUGGAUCGACGGGUGCUUCGACUUCGCCCAUCACGGACACGCCGGCGCCAUGAUGCAGGCCCGGGAGAAGGGAGACGAGCUCUUCGUCGGGGUGCACAACGACACAGACAUCCUGGUGAACAAGGGCCCGCCCGUGAUGACGCUGGCGGAGCGGAUGGUUGCGGUGGAGGGUUGCCGGUGGUGCACGACGGCGGUGGCGAACGCGCCCUACGUGACGGACCCGCUGGUGAUGGACGAGUACGGGUGCAAGUACGUCGUGCACGGCGACGACAUCACGACGGACAAGGACGGCAAGGACUGCUACGCGGAGGUGAAGGCGAAGGGCCGGUUCAUCGUGGUGAAGCGGACGCCGAACAUCAGCACGACGGACCUCGUGGGCCGCAUGCUGGUGCACACGACGGAGCACCAUCUGGCCCGUGUCGACGGCCAGCAGUGGGCCCAGUGGCAGCGUGUUUCUGCAGCGGAUGCUGCACAAGCAGGUGGCAAGACCUUGCUCACACCGGAGAACGUCGAGCGGUAUAGGAGAUACGCCACGGCGGCAGACGCCCGCAGUGCCGGCGCCGCCGUGUGGGUGUACACGGAGGCCGGCGUGCACGAGCUCGUGAAGGGCCAGGCCUCCGCCGGGACCAAGCCUGUCUACUACGUCGACGGCGGCUUCGACCUUUUCAAUCCGGGACACAUCACGUUCCUCAAACGUGUCCGGGAGCUUGCCGACGCAGACGGCAGUCUUGUUGUCGUCGGCGUCGCCGACGACGCCGCCGUGAACUCCGCUCGGGGCGGCAGCUACCCGGUGAUGAACCUGCUCGAACGCUCUCUCUGCGUCCUCCAGAGCAAGUACAUCGACGGCCUCGUCCUCGGCGCCCCACGGGCCGUCGACACGCCGUUUCUGACUCUCUUCAAGCGGGGCACGGGCCUUUCCGUCCACCGGGUCGUGCAUGGGCCCACCACGCCCCUCCAGGCAGACGACUAUGACGACGCCAGAGCCACCGGCCUCCUCCUAGAGGUGACGACCGGCCUCGACCUCUACGCCAGCAUGACUGUCGAGAGCAUCGUUGAGCGUGUCGUGGCGAACCGGGCCGCGUUUGAGGAAAGACAGAGACGCAAAGGUGUCAAGGCCGAGACCGAAAAGAGCCUGGAGAGCCAGGAGGAGGCUGUUCGUGCCGGGGCUGCGGCUUAGCACCUAUGUAGAGACGUACAACGUAUAGAGAGUAGGCCCCAAGCAAGAACGCUAGACUGAAAGAACAUGGGCAAGCGCAAAAACGGCGGCGGCGGCGGCGGCAAAGACAAGAAGAGGCAGAGAUGCCAUGCGUUGAUCGAGCCGGGCCAGUACGGGGUGUAUGCGUCGUGUGCACGGUUCAAGGAGGUGGCGGCGGCC